AAAAAUAAAACCCAAAUAGAAAUAUUUUCGCCUUAAAUCGCCUCCAGUAUUCGCCCUUUUUAGUCAAUCGAUCAUCUUUCUUCCUCCCUCUCGAGGUUUACUUGCGAAGGGACCUCCGUUCGGCCAUGGCUAACAGCAAUUUACCUCGCAGAAUCAUCAAGGAAACUCAACGUCUCCUAAGCGAACCAGCACCAGGAAUUAGUGCAUCCCCUUCUGAAGAGAAUAUGCGAUAUUUCAAUGUUAUGAUUCUUGGACCAUCUCAGUCUCCGUAUGAAGGAGGAGUUUUCAAGCUAGAGUUAUUUUUGCCUGAAGAAUAUCCAAUGGCUGCUCCAAAGGUUCGGUUCCUGACAAAAAUUUACCAUCCCAACAUUGACAAGCUAGGAAGGAUAUGUCUGGACAUUCUGAAGGAUAAAUGGAGCCCUGCCCUUCAAAUUCGAACAGUGCUCUUAAGCAUUCAAGCUCUUCUGAGUGCACCUAAUCCAGAUGAUCCUCUAUCAGAGAAUAUUGCAAAGCAUUGGAAGACAAAUGAAGCUGAAGCUGUCGAGACAGCAAAAGAAUGGACCCGUCUAUAUGCAACGGGUGCUUAGGUUUUAGUGUGAGCUGAUAUCUGAAGGUCGAUGCUCUAUCGAAAACAAAUUUAACCAUACUAUGUACUUUGUGCUAGAUCCCUAGAAACAAAGAAUGAGAAGCCUUUCAGAUUUGAGAAUGUUUUCUUAAUGUUUACAUUAUUGUUCUAUAAAUUUCUGCUUGCUCUGAUAAUAAUAUCCUAAAGCUCGAUAUC